ACUAAAUCAACAUGGCUCACAUUGGAACUUUUAUUGCAAUUGCUCUGCUAGCCGCUGUGGCUCAGCCUGCUUGUCCAGGAGGUUGUUCUGGUUGGGUGCAACAUGGCUAAAAUGAUGUUAAAUAAAAUAUGAUUUUAUUCGAAUACAUCCUGGCAUUGAGAACAU